AUGGACAACCCUCAGCACUACUCGCCCUCCGGCCUCGUCUACCCGCCGCCGCAGUCCCUCCUCCCGCCCCAUCCCCACCUCUCUGACCAGCCCGCCCACCUCUCUUAUCCCCCAGACCCCUCCUGGUCUGCCCACCACUCGCCCUCCGAUCCCAGCUCGUCCGCCCACUCCCAAAUGGCCGCCCUCAUGCCCCAGCCCCCGCACCCGCAUGGCCCGCUCAAGUACGCCCAUUCGUCCUCCCGCGACCAUCUCCCGCCCCACGUCCCUCGGCAAGUCUCAGAUUCAUAUCUCACUGGCAUGCCAUCCCCCGUCCCCGACUCCGCCUCAUCGGCGCAGCACAUUGCCUUUGACUCGCCCCAGGUCGAGGGCAGCAUCGGUCCGGACAGAAGCCUUUCUCGUCGCCGCGCACGCACCUCGGAUAGGCUCCCAAGCGGAGGAGAGAACUCGGCCUACGCGUCGUCGUCGUCCCAGUCAUAUGGCCACAACCCUUCUCCCCAGUACUCCCACCCCCACGGCUCGCGCCCCCAGACUCCCGCACAGUCGCUCUACUCGCUGCCUGAUCUGUCGCAGCCGCUGGUGAUGAACACGGUCAAUCUCUACUCCUCCCCCUCCGCUCGUGUGCCCGAGUGGCGCUACCCAGGCCCUCCGCAGGCGCGCUCCGCUUCGGGCUCCGCCGCCUCCGCUUCGUCCAACCCUCGGUCUCAGUCCCCGGCUGUGAGCUCUGCUGGCUCGAUCACGUCAGUAUCCUCUAGCUCUCAGUUCCCUGGCAGCUACAAGCCUUCCGAGUCGCCCCUUCCACCAAGGACGAACAAAAAGAAGCGUCUGGUCAGCCGGGAUCGCUACAACAUCUGUGCCUACGCCGACGCGAACCCUGGGGUCAAACAAGAGGACAUUGCCGCGCGCUUCGGGGUCGAGCGGAGCACGGUCAGCAAGAUCCUAAAGCAUAAGGAACGCUGGCUGUCGGUCCCCGUGGACGAUGCCAAUCUUUACGAGCUGGCCAAGUUCAGGCCAUCGAAGUUUCCUUAUCUUGAAAGCAAGCUCAAGGAAUGGGUCAUCCAAGCUUCCGGAGAAGGGAAGACGCUCACCGAUGCCGUCCUGCGGCAGAAAGCCCGGGAGUUGGGUAAUGCUGAUGGCUUCACGCCCGACAAGUUCAAGGCAAGCUCUGGGUGGCUCGAGAACUUCAAGAAUCGGGUGGGCAUCCGGCGCGGGACUUACGUUGGGAACGGCACGCUUGAACGACAGCUUCGAGCCGACGCGUCAGGAUACAUGACGCCUGCGAUGAUUGCUGCGAACAAGAAGAAACUUGCUGAGAAGGCCGCGCUCCAUGUAGCGGUAUCGCGAGCUCUGAAGUUGCCUCCGCUUCCGUCGAUGGCUCCCCCCGACGCGCCCUACCGGAUGCCAGAUCCUCCAUCCGGGAACGCUUACGCUGAGCACGAUAUCGGAAUUGAGUCCGAAGACGACGACGAUUUGGCGUCGAGGAACGCGCAUGGGCAUCCAGACUCGACCUCUCAGCCGGACUGGUCGAGGUACCCGGUGGACACGUCACAGCCCGAGUCGUACUAUUCCACCGUCAACGACCAGGCUCAGCAGCAGGACGCGUCUGAAGAUCGUCAGCACGCGUCGCCCAUUCAGGACGCUCCACCGGCCCCCUUCGUCGUCGAGAUGGAGGGCGGGGAGCAGGUCCUUAUCCACCCCGAGGUGCCAGAACGGUACGACCCCUCCGAAGAACGCAUGCCCACGGCGAAGGAGGCUGAACGCGCGAUGCAGAUGGUCAUCAAUUACUGCUGGGCGCAAGCCGACAGGCUCAACAUCCCCAGUUCUAGUCUCGGCGUACUACAGGAAGUUCGGCUGAAGCUGUUCACCUCCCACCACUGA